CUGGAGACCGAGGGAACUGGUCGUCGUUUGGGUGCUGCGGCUGCUAGCGACCGAGCGGCGGGUGCAGGCGGAGCUGCGGCUGGAGACCGAGCGGUGGCUGGAGACCAAAUCGGCGGCUGGAGACCGAGCGGCGGCUGGCUGGAGACCGAGGUGGGGGGGCUAGUGUACCCCCCCUGGGGCCGCGGGGGGGGACUGGACGGAGAGGGGGGUAUAAACGGGGGGGAGCGGAUUGGAACCGGAGGGCAGCGGGGAGCGGCGACGGGGGUCGGUGCCGGGGAUCGGAGGUCAGGGCCGGAGGUCGGGUCGGGUAGGCGCCGCAGGUCGGCAACAGCGACGGGGGCCGGGGACCGGGAGAGAGAGG